CACCGCAUCUCUUCCCUCCCCUCUCGCGCCCGCACCACCGAGCAAGCAAGAAAGAAGCAUUCGGCCAGUCAUUAUUAAACCCCCCGCGGCGCCUCUCUCUCGUCGCCCCGUGACAGCGCAGCGCAGCAGCAGCAGCAGCAGCAAAACCUCGUACCCGCCCAUGGCGUCCCACAUCAUCCUGCCGCCGGACGACGAGCAGCAGCGGAGGGAGGACGAGGAGCAGGACGGCGGCGCCGCCGGGGGCGGGGAGCAGCAGCAGCCGCCCUUCUCCGCCAUGUGCGUGCGGAUCUCCCGCGACUCCUACCCCAACCUCCGCGCCCUCCGCAACGCCUCCAACGUCAGCCUCGCCGACGCCGCGCACGUCAAGAUCUCCGAGGGCGACUUCGGCUACGUCCUCGACGACGUGCCCCACCUCGCCGACUACCUCCCCGACGUCCCCACUUACCCCAACCCAUUACAAGACCACCCAGCAUAUUCAACUGUCAAGCAAUAUUUUGUCAAUGAAGAUGACACCGUACCACAAAAGGUUGUUGUUCAAAAGAAUAGCCGGCGGGGGGUUCACUUCCGUCGUGCUGGACCCCGUCAGAGGGUUAAUUUUGAGUCAGAUGAAGUGAAAGCAUGCAUUGUAACUUGUGGAGGCCUUUGCCCUGGGCUCAACACUGUUAUCAGGGAGCUGGUGUGUGGUUUGUCGCACAUGUACAAUGUCAACAAAAUCUACGGAAUACAGAAUGGAUACAAGGGGUUCUAUUCUAGCAAUUAUGUUGCUAUUACACCAAAGACAGUCAAUGACAUCCACAAAAGGGGUGGUACAGUCCUUGGAACAUCACGAGGUGGUCAUGACACAAAAAAGAUCGUUGACAACAUUCAGGAUCGGGGAAUUAAUCAGGUGUAUAUCAUUGGAGGAGAUGGAACUCAGAAGGGAGCAUAUGAGAUCUACAAGGAAAUCCGGAAGCGUGGCCUCAAAGUUGCUGUGGCCGGGGUUCCCAAGACAAUAGACAAUGACAUAGCGAUUAUCGACAAGUCCUUUGGUUUUGAUUCGGCCGUUGAAGAGGCUCAACGUGCCAUUAAUUCAGCUCAUGUGGAAGCUUGCAGUGCUGAGAAUGGAAUAGGCCUGGUAAAACUGAUGGGUCGUUAUAGUGGGUUCAUUGCAAUGUAUGCUACCCUUGCAAGUCGGGAUGUGGAUUGCUGCUUAAUUCCGGAGUCUCCGUUUUAUAUGGAUGGAGAAGGGGGGUUGCUUCAAUAUGUAGAAAGGAGGCUGAAAGAGAACAAGCACAUGGUUAUUGUUGUUGCUGAGGGAGCAGGCCAGGAUAUUAUUGCCAAAAGCAUUCCCGCUUCAGAUCAGCAAGAUGCAUCUGGAAAUAAAUUGCUUCUUGAUAUUGGUCUCUGGUUGACUCACAAGAUUAAGGAUCAUUUCAAGAGCAAAAAGAUGGAGAUGACGAUUAAAUAUAUUGAUCCUACCUACAUGAUCCGAGCUAUUCCAAGUAAUGCAGCGGACAAUGUCUACUGCACAUUGCUGGCUCACAGUGCCAUCCAUGGUGCAAUGGCGGGAUACAGCUCUACUGUUGGGAUGGUCAAUGGCAGACAUGCCUAUAUACCUUUCUAUAGGGUGACAUCCACACGGAACAAGGUGAAGAUCACUGACCGGAUGUGGGCGAGGCUGCUGUCGUCGACCAACCAGCCAAGCUUCCUGAGCCAGAAGGACAUCGAUGAGGCCAGGGAGGCCGAUAGGCUGGCCAACAAGCCGCCGCUGCCAUCUGUCGCCAACCACAAUGUGGCGAACGCCUUUGACCAAUCUGCGUCGGCGUCGUCGAACUGUGAGAUAUAGUGACCGCAGCUGGUCUGUAAUCGUGUACAGUAGCUACUGCUAUCCUGCUGAGAAACCUGCGCCACGCCACGCCACGCAGUUUUGUUUCGAUAUGGAUGUCCCUUUAUGUAGGAACUAGUACUAAUGUACACGGAUACUGUCGAGGUGUCCUGUGAACUGUGAAAUAAGCGGUACUGUAUUGCUGCUACUAGUCUACUACUAGUGAUAUUGUGCUCCCUUUUUGCCCUGGCAAAUUGUUGCAUUUCCUA